AACGCGCGGCACCGCGGACUGAAAAUCGGGUCGACUGAAAGUCGAGUGAUCUACUUGUAUAUUUUUGGAUCCCCGAACGAUCUCACAUUGAAGUGCGGCGAAGUUGUAUUUUUUUUUUGCCUUUUUUUUGCCGUGCCCAUCGAAGUCUAUAAUUAAAUAUUGUUUAUUACCCGUUAAAUCGGCGGAAGAGCGGAGAACUCCCUGGAUGUCAAUAGCGAUCAUGCGACUCCCCAUUGUUCUCUCCAUCCUGCUCGCACUAACUUCUAAUGCGGCAGCGACAGGGACGGCAACAGAAAGCACACGAACGGGAAUCGGAACGAAACCGGAAACGGAAAUGGAGGUGGAAGCUAAGGAGGUGAUAUCGCUCCUGGGCGCAAUCGAUGGCAUCGAGUCCGUUGUCCUGGUUCCCGACUCCGGCGACAAGUGUCCCGGCGGCUACUUCCACUGCAACACGACGGCACAAUGUGUUCCCCAGCGGGCCAACUGCGACGGAACCGUCGACUGCGAUGACAGAUCGGAUGAGUUGAACUGCGUGAAUGAGGUGGAUGCCAAGUACUGGGACCACCUGUACAGGAAACAGACGUUCGGCACGAACGACGACCUGCGGAUUGGCGAGUGCCAGUGGCGCAACGAGAACUUUAGCUGUCCUUGCCGAGGUCACGAAAUGUUGUGCCGCUUUCAACAGCUUACCGUUAUUCCAGCACUUUUGCCGCAGAACGAUCUGGUAACGCUCGAUCUAACCGGAAACAAUUUCGAAACCAUUCACGAGACCUUCUUCAGUGAACUGCCAGACAUGGAGAUCCUAGUGCUGAAGUUCUGCUCAAUCCGUGAGAUUGCCUCGCAUGCCUUCGAUCGCCUGGCGGACAGCCCACUGAAGACCCUUUAUAUGGACGAUAAUAAAUUGCCGCAUCUGCCGGAACACUUCUUUCCCGAGGGCAAUCAAUUGAGGAUUCUAAUUUUGGCACGCAACCGCCUGCACCACCUGAAACGCAGUGAUUUUCGAAAUCUACAGCAACUGGAGGAGCUGGACCUGCGCGGUAAUCGCAUUGGAAACUUUGAGGCCGAGGUGUUUGCCCAACUGCCGAGUUUGGAAAAGCUCUAUCUCAACGAAAACCACUUGAAGCGACUGGAUCCCGAAAGAUUUCCCAGAACCCUGCUCAAUCUGCAGACUCUGUCCCUGGAUCACAAUCAGAUCGAAGAUAUAGCCGCCAACACAUUUCCCUUUCCGCGACUUAGACAUUUAUAUUUGGCUGGCAAUCGAUUAUCCCACAUACGAGAUGAAACCUUUUGCAAUCUCAGCAAUCUACAAGGAUUACACUUGAACGAGAACCGCAUCGAGGGAUUCGACCUGGAGGCCUUCGCCUGCCUGAAGAACCUCAGCUCGCUGCUGCUAACGGGCAAUCGCUUUCAGACCCUCGAUCCGCGGGUCCUAAAAAACCUGAGCAGCCUGGAUUAUAUUUACUUCUCGUGGUUCCAUUUGUGUAGCGCCGCCAUGAGUGUGCGAGUCUGUUCCCCACAUGGCGACGGCAUCAGCAGCAAGUUGCACCUACUGGACAACCAGAUAUUGAGAGGCAGCGUUUGGGUGAUGGCCUCAAUUGCCGUGGUGGGCAACCUGCUGGUCCUGCUGGGGCGCUACUUCUACAAGUCGCGGAGCAACGUGGAGCACUCGCUCUACCUCCGCCAUUUGGCCGCCAGCGACUUCCUCAUGGGCAUUUACCUGACGCUGAUUGCCUGUGCGGACAUUAGUUUCCGCGGCGAGUACAUCAAAUACGAGGAGGCCUGGCGGCACAGCGGCAUUUGCGCCUUCGCAGGCUUCCUCAGCACCUUCAGUUGCCAGUCGUCGACGCUGCUGCUCACACUGGUCACCUGGGAUCGUCUGAUGUCUGUGACGAGGCCCCUGAAGCCCCGAGAUACGGAGAAAGUUCGAAUUGUCCUCCGUCUGUUGCUCCUGUGGGGCAUUAGUUUUGGACUGGCUGCUGCUCCACUCCUGCCCAAUCCCUACUUUGGCAGCCAUUUCUAUGGCAACAACGGUGUCUGCUUGUCCCUCCACAUCCACGAUCCCUAUGCCAAGGGAUGGGAGUACUCGGCGCUACUGUUCAUCCUGGUCAACACGUUGUCACUGGUCUUCAUCCUGUUUUCCUACAUACGGAUGUUGCAGGCGAUCAGGGAUUCGGGCGGCGGAAUGCGGAGCACUCACAGCGGCCGCGAGAAUGUGGUGGCCACUCGCUUUGCCAUCAUUGUGACCACCGAUUGCGCCUGCUGGCUGCCCAUAAUUGUGGUCAAAGUGGCUGCCCUUUCGGGCUGCGACAUCUCCCCCGAUCUGUAUGCCUGGCUGGCCGUGCUGGUGCUGCCCGUGAACUCGGCCCUCAAUCCGGUGCUCUACACUCUCACCACGGCGGCCUUCAAGCAGCAGCUGCGCCGCUACUGCCACACGCUGCCCAGCUGCUCGCUGGUGAACAACGAGACCCGAUCCCAAACGCAGACCGCCUACGAGUCUGGAUUGAGCGUAAGCCUGGCCCAUUUGGGUGGCGGAGUGGGCGGCGGAUCGGGACGCAAGCGGAUGUCCCACCGACAGAUGAGCUAUCUGUAG